AUGCGCUUGCGUGAACAAGCAGAGAAGGACGAGGAGAAGCGCAUCAAGCAAAUUGUGGGAAUUGCAAACAGCGUGGGACAAGUCAGACCGAACAGAAGCUACGUUCCAGGACAAUCCGCACCACCAAGACUAGGAGGAAGAGCUUUUGCAGGAUUCCACCAACAAGGAUUCCAAGGAUUCCAAGACAACCGCUCCUUCCAAACUCCAGAGAUCAAGACCGCCGGAACCUUCCACACCGUAUUGACAACCCCUCCAACACAAAAGCAAAACGUUCGAGUCACUGACAGACAAGGAAGACAAUUGUUAGGGUUUGAUACAAGUUGCCACAAAAGAGUAACCAACAACAAAUAUUGA